AUGUUCAUAGUUGCUGGACAACCUCCACCACUCACCCGUCUUCUCGCCAUCGUCACCGCUUCCGCCUCCUCCGCCGACGACGAAGAGCCGGAAUCCAUCCUCCGCAAAAUCCACAUACUGCACACCCCAACCCUCCCCAACAUCCUCUCAACCUUCCUCCACCCCCAAACCCACUUCUCCACAAGCUUCCCACCACCAAACACCUCCCUCAUCAUCAUCGACGACCUCUCCACGCCCGUCUCCACAUCCUUCCCCACCGGCAUCGACGACCCACCACACGCACCUCCACCUGACGCACCGCACCCAAAACCCAGGGGCGAGAAACCGGAGACUAUGCCUAUGAAACGCGCACGAAUCCUCGCGUCUCUGGGAGCGGGAAUGGCACGUAUUGCAGCAACCCAAAACACCGCAAUCCUCAUCAUCUCACACAUGACUUCACGAAUCAUCCGCGCUCCACUGUCUACCACACGAGGCGCAGUGCUCGUUCCGUAUUUGGGGGAGAGUUGGACGGGGUCGUUGGGGGUGCGGAUCACGUUAUUUAGGAACGACAUACCGACCAAGUUACUUACGCCAGCCCCAACCGCGGCUGGGAUGGGGGAUGAGGAUGUUGGGAUUGGGGUGAGGCAUGCGUUUAUCUCACGCUCGCCGUCGAAUGGAAAUUCUACGCAGAACAAAACGAUCGUGUUUCGUAUCACAGACUCAGGCCUCGCCGACCUCCCACUCAUCGCUUCAAGCGAAGACCUCGACCAAGCCGCAGCAGCAAGCACCCUGAAACGAAAGAGGCAGAUGACGGAGGAGGGGGAUUAUGGGUGGGUUGAGGAGGAGGAGGAGGGGUGUAGUCAGGUUUUGGAGGGGGUUGAGGAGGAGAUUAUGGCGACACAGAGGAAGGAGGAGGAGGGAUAUGAUUGA